AUGGACCAUACCCAACGACCCAGCGAAGUUAUGUUGGGCUAUGACGACGAUGACGAAGAUAUGAUGCUUGCCAUGAUUGAAGAAGAUCAACAAAACAUUCUUGGUGUUGAUGAAUUCCUCAAGAGCAACAGCAACAAUCGGGAACCAACACCCAUUGUCAAUAAUGCCAUGGAAAUCGACGGCAUGGAAGGAACGGGAAAUACACCGGCGAUGAAGACGGCUGCCAUAACCACUGCUACGACGCUUGCUGCAGUAGCAUCGGCUAGUACUGCAGGGACAGUAGAACAAAACGACGACGACGAUUCGCCCUUAUUCAGUGUUUUUAACGAGAACGUACAAAACGGAUUAAACGUUAAUCCCGAAAACCAUCGUUUUUCAAUGGAAGCAGGUGGACUUGUCACUAUCCAGAAUCGUCUAGCUGAACGACCUACAAGAACAAUAGCUACACCUACACCUUUAAGACCCAAAACACCUAAAGUGGAUUAUACCAAGCCUCCAGCAACAGGCCGCUAUCUUACAAGCACAUGUGCAUUCACCGAUAAGACGUUAUAUUUCCCCAGAAUCAAUCCCAAAUCCACGACGACGACCAAAAAAGAUAAAGGCAAGGGUAUCUUGCGACACGUUGAUAGGCGGAUGGAAUUGCUUGACAAACCAAUUUGGCGAAUGAAAAAAGAAAUUGAGGAACAAAAUACGCGCGUCCGAAAGCGUGAGGAAGAUGAAAAGCUAGGAUAUGAAAGUUAUCAGGAUGGCAAAAAGCAAAAGCGAAGGAAGCGGACACAAGUUGUGAAACCCUAUGUUACCGAACAACUUUGGGUCGACAAGUACAGGCCAAAAGGAUUUUUGGAUUUGUUGGGUGAUCAGCGCGUGAACCGAGAUGUAUUAAAAUGGGUCAAGCAAUGGGAUUAUUGUGUCUUUGGCAAAGCUCCACCGUCGGAAACCCAACGUGAAAAAAUCAUGAAGAGCUAUAAAAACACAUUUGGAGGAAAUGGGGCCUCUUUUCAGGGAAAUAAGACCGAAAAGCCAAAGGACCGUUUGCUUCGACCAGAUAGAAAGAUCAUGCUGAUAUCCGGCCCGCCCGGUUUUGGUAAGACUACGUUAGCACACGUAGUAGCAAACCACGCUAAUUACAAUAUCGUUGAAGUAAAUGCAAGUGAUGAUCGAACUGGUGAUGUAGUAUCAUCUAAAAUCAAAUCUGCUCUGGAGAUGCAGGCCAUCAUCCGAGAGCCGGUCUCUACCAAUGACGGAACGCGUACCAUGUCAAUGGAUCAAAAGCCAAAUUGUCUAAUUAUUGACGAAAUUGAUGGUGCCAGUUCUGGAGGUGGUGGCGAGAGUUUCAUCAAGCAACUGGUUAAUCUAGCAACCGCAGAGUUAAAAGAUGAUAGGAAUAUCAAUGUAGGAUUAGCGAAAAAGAAAGGCAAAGGAAAGGAAACCGCACCACUUUUACGACCCAUCAUUUGUAUUUGUAACGACCUAUAUGCUCCAGUUUUGCGCCCGCUUCGUUCAGUCGCACACUUGAUCCAGUUCCGAAAAAUACCUAUGUUGACCAUUGCCAAACGACUUCAGGAAAUCUGUGAGGAAGAAGGAUUAGAAAGUGAUCUUCGAGCCUUGAGCUUGCUGGCUGAAAUAACGGAUGGUGAUAUUCGAAGCUGUUUGAAUACGCUCCAGUUUAUUCGUGGUAAAAGCUCUGUAUUUACUCGUGAAAUGCUGGAAGAAGCAGGCUUGGGACGUAAAGAUAUGGGAAAAUCGCUGUUCUCGGUAUGGGAAGAAAUCUUUACAGCAGAGAGUGGACGAAAGCGGGCAGCUACGCAUCAUCAAAACCAUGCGCCUGUGGAUACCAAGAACCGCUACCUUGGACGAUUAACGGACUCCAUUAUGACAAACGGCGAAAUUGAGAAGAUUAUGCAAGGUUGUUUCGAAUCUUAUCCGAAAAUGCGCUAUAACGAUAUUGGAUGUCAAAAAAUCGUUCACAUGAGUGAUUGGCUGAAUUUCUAUGAUCUUAUCAACCAUCGCACGAACGACAUGCAUGACUAUGGUCUUUAUGGUUAUCUCCCGUACCCCGCCAUCAAUUUCCACCGAUACUUUGCCGGCUCUGCCUCACAAGAACGUAUCGAAUACCCAAGAGUGGAUUAUGAACAAUUUGUUGCUAGAAAAUCGUAUGAAAACUUGAUUUCAGUCUUUUUGGCUGGCGUUAAUCCCAAACGCCGAAGGACUUUGCAUAAAGACAUGAUAGCAACAGAGCUAGCACCUCGUUUAUUACGAAUUAUGUCACCGGACAUACGACCGGUUAACAAACAACUUAUCAAACCACAUGAAAAAGAAGUUUUAUCAAGAUUAAUAGACGUCUUGAUCGAAUUUGGAAUAACCUUCUUGCAAGAAAAGAAUGAAGACGGACAGUUUGUUUACAAGCUUGACCCACCUUUGGAGCAAAUUAUAAACUUUGAUGGAGCUGGCGGCGUAACUGGCAAAGUGCUGCCUAAGCAUUAUGCUGUUCGACAACUUAUCGCUCAGGAGAUUGAGCUUGAAACAAUUCGUCGUCGAGAACAAGCAGCUCGGACUCGUGAAGGUGCAUUACCGCGUGCACGGGCAAAGCCGACCAUCGAGGAAAUCGUGCAAAAGGCUACUGAAGAUAAGGCUCCAGCCAAGAUGGCUACCGAUUUCUUUGGACGCGUAAUUCAACCUGAUCCCAACAACAACAACAGUAACCCAACCAACAGCAGAGGACCAGUGGUAUGA